GCUGUCAGUGCGAGGCGGCUAGAGGAAUGCAGCGGCCCGAGGCCUGGCCACGUCCGCACCCGGGGGAGGGGGCCGCGGCUGCCCAGGCCGGGGGCCCGACGCCGCCCGCCGGAGCCGGGGAGCCCUCGGGGCUGCGGUUACAGGAACCUUCCCUCUACACCAUCAAGGCUGUUUUCAUCCUAGAUAAUGAUGGGCGACGGCUGCUGGCCAAGUAUUAUGAUGACACAUUCCCAUCCAUGAAGGAGCAGAUGGUUUUUGAGAAAAAUGUCUUCAACAAGACCAGUAAGACUGAGACCCUUCCACCUCUAGGUGAGAUCGCAUUUUUUGGGGGCAUGACCAUCGUCUACAAGAGCAGCAUUGACCUCUUCCUGUAUGUGGUGGGCUCAUCCCAUGAGAACGAGCUGAUGCUCAUGUCUGUUCUCACCUGCCUGUUUGAGUCUCUGAGCCACAUGUUAAGGAAGAAUGUGGAGAAGCGCUGGUUGCUGGAGAACAUGGAUGGAGCCUUCUUGGUGCUGGAUGAGAUUGUGGAUGGCGGUGUGAUUCUGGAAAGUGACCCUCAGCAAGUGAUCCAGAAAGUGAAUUUUAGGGCAGAUGACAGCAGCUUAACUGAACAGAGUGUGACCCAGGUUCUCCAGUCUGCCAAGGAACAAAUUAAAUGGUCGUUACUGAAAUGAAGGCUCUGGAUUCAAGGCUUCCUUCCCCAAGAGAACCAUUUCCCCAUUCCUAGCAAAAGCCCAAGGGGCAGAAGAAACCCUUCUGCCUUCCCAGGCCUCCCCCAGAACUGACCCUUGAGGAGCUGGGCCAGGGAUUCUGAGAAGCAAAGGGUUGGCCCCUGCUCGGUUACCCCUUCUCAGUGCCCUGGCCUGCCCUGGGCCAUGGGAACCAGCUGAGCUGCUUUGCUCAGAACUUCUCCUAGACUUUUGGAGUCAGGGCCCUAAUAAAUCUGCUUUGUCUCCUGCCAA